AUGGCCAUUUCAUCGCUUAUCGCUGUUUUCUACCCACCCACCGUUUUAAUACCCUUCGAUCCACCACAUUCAUUCACCGCUGUAGGAGUUUUGCUUAAGCUCCUGACCACCAUGCUCCAUUUGCCUUCCUUCGAGGCCCUAACCAGUCCAUUACCUACGUCUCUUUUCUCCGUUGAUGACUAUCGAGAUAUUGAAGCAGAUGACCCUGAGCUCAACAUGUGGGUGUUGGACUUUGAGCUCGCGGCGACUGAUCGAGAGCACGAGAUACAUACUCUGGUGGAGGAUGAAGGAGACAUUGAAGGAUGGAGGUUGGAGGAUAGUAGACGGACCCCGAUGCGUAUGUAG